AUGUCAGCUUUCUCAGAUCAAGAUUUCCUAGCUACAAACUAUACAAGUUAUAGACCAGCAUAUCCACCAAGUUUCUUCAAGAAAUUAUCCAAUUAUCAUAAAGGUGAUCGGAAACUAGCCGUGGAUGUUGGUUGUGGACCAGGCGAGGCCACAUAUCCAUUAGUGAAGUAUUUUGAUCAUGUUGUAGGUGUUGAUAUAUCUGAAGUUAUGAUCAAGGAGGCAAGUAAGUUGAGGAAAGGUGAGAUUCUUCAAAAAGUUGAAUUCAAAGUUGGUUCUGGUGAGUCAAUACCUGCAGAGCCUCAUUCAGUUGAUUUGCUCACUGCUGCUGAAUGUUUCCAUUGGUUUGAUCAUGAGAAAUUCUUUCAAGAAGCUUGUAGAGUUCUGAAAUUAGGUGGGACAUUGGCUUAUUGGGGGUAUAGUGAUCCAGUCUUUAUUGAUUACCCAGAUGCCUCACUUAUAUUGGAGAGAUAUGUCUAUCUCGAUCCCGAGUAUUUGGGCCCGUAUUGGGAAUAUCCAGGAACAAACUUGUUGAAGUCCAAUUAUCGUGAUGUGAAUAUUCCAACUGACAGAUUCACUGAUAUUGAAAGGGUUGAGCACGAACCGGGAACGAGAAAUGAAGAUGCUUUAGUACCUGGUGUCACAGCCCAAGGAUCCUCAUCUCCACUACAGAUUCAUAGAGAUAUACCAUUAGAUUUUUAUCAUAAAUAUGUCACUACUUGGAGUUCAUAUCAUAAUUGGAAAAAAGCCAAUCCUAAAAGUCCAGAUAUGGCAGAUGCUUUUAUUAAAGAAUUGGAGACCAAAAUGCACUGGAAUCCAAAAACUAUGGUGCACAUAGAAUGGCUAACAGUUCUCAAAAUGGCUAGAAAGAGAUUGAGAUAG